GAAUUCAUCCACACCCACCUUUCUAGCAAUUGUUUCAUUUUCGAUUCUCAAUUCGAAACCCUAACUUUUUUUUCUUUUCAAAAUUUCAAAUUCGAUUCAAUGGCACCAAAGGGAGAGAAGAAGCCAGCGGAGAAGAAACCCGCAGAGGAGAAGAAGUCCACCGUCGCCGAGAAAGCUCCUGCUGAGAAGAAGCCCAAGGCUGGAAAGAAGCUUCCAAAGGAAGGUGGUUCAGCCGCCGGAGACAAGAAGAAGAAGAGAAGCAAGAAGAAUGUUGAAACAUACAAGAUCUACAUCUUCAAAGUUCUGAAGCAGGUUCACCCAGACAUUGGUAUCUCAAGCAAAGCCAUGGGAAUAAUGAACAGUUUCAUCAAUGAUAUCUUCGAGAAACUUGCUCAAGAAUCAUCCAGACUUGCUCGUUACAACAAGAAGCCAACAAUCACUUCAAGGGAAAUUCAGACUGCUGUCAGACUUGUUCUUCCUGGUGAAUUGGCCAAACAUGCUGUUUCUGAAGGAACAAAAGCUGUGACUAAGUUCACUAGUUCUUAGAUCUAAGAUAAUUUCGUUGACUUUUGUGGGAUUUAUUUGCUUGGUUUGAUGUUACUUUAUCUGAUCUUAGGAACUCUUAGAUAUUUUAAAUUUUUGCUUUCGAAUUUGUAGUGAAGUAGUAAUUGGAUCUGGUUGGUCUUUCUGUGUAUCAUAAUGAUGGAAUGAAUGAUAUUUUGACUACAAAAAAUUUGCAUGGUUCAA